AUGAGAGGUGUAGAAGAGAUAGCAAAGGGUCGUGAUUCUGGACUAUACUUUUCCUCCCUGUACCACCAGAAUCCCAGUGGUGGAGUCGGGCGAAGAGGAGCUAGUAACGCAAAUUUUGUCAAUUCUAGAAGUGGAACUCCAGCAGGAGACGCCACUGGAGGGAUAGCAGGAGUUGAUGUCUUUGGUGGAAAUGGAGCAUCUAGAUCAUCUGAAGGAGGUGGUGGAGGUGGUGGUGGCGGGAUGAGUAUAGCAGCCAGACAGGCGGUGACAUCUUCCUCGGUGAAGCGCAAAAGAGUAAACUACAAUAUACAGCAGAUCCAGGCAGAACAAUUUUUAACCGCACGUCCCAAGUCUAAGUCCAUAGGAGAAGAGCUAGAGGCUGAGCUGAUAGAUUCCACUGGCAACAAGAACGCCCCAGUGAGACGCAGCAACAUAUCAGUUGCUGAACUAAAGAAAGCUCAGAGGCGAUUCGAGGAGUUGAACAGAGAAAACUAUAAUGAGAAUGUAAGAAUAGAAAUACCGAAAAAUGUUACAGGGCUAGUGGUUAAACGCAACACUAAUGCUGGUGCUGUUGUGAAGCGGUUGCUUAUAUCAAAGAAGGGCUGGUCCAACUUUGCUGACGAGUUGAACAAAAACGAGCUGAAGUUAGUCAGUAAUGAUGGCCCCCUAGAGGUGAAACCAAAUGCCUUUCAAAUUGAGAAGCUAUGUACCAUAUGUGGUGGUGUCAGCUACAGCUCGUGCAUAAAAUGCAGGGCUCGGGUAUGUUCUGUCAAGUGCCAGAAUAUUCAUAAUGAAACGAGGUGUACGCAUUUUUGA